CUGUAAACAAAAGAUUUCGUCAGUGUUUUCCAGGAGCGCGAUAUUGUCCCCUAUGUUUUUCAGCACGUAUAGCCUUUAGUCUACUGUCUUCUGUUCAGAAACAAACAAACAAGCAACAUUAAGGAAACACUACAUUCAGAGGAGUGAACAACAUUGAAAAGAACAACAAUGUCAACGCAAAAACUUAUUCCUAAGGAGGAAAGUCUGCACGACUCAUGGGUAGAGCUUCAUUUCGAUUCAAGUAGUGAACACAGCGAGGACACUCCAGCCCUGUCUGAUAUCAUGGAUCUGGAGAAAAUGCUUCUGGAAGCACAGAGGGAAUCCAGCAGUAGUUCACGAACAAGCUCUCACUGUAGCAGUCCCAGACGUGUCCAGACACCUCCCCUCAUUAACACAGCUGUCUUCAACACACACACCAUUGCACAGGGGGAAGUUGUGCCGGAGAGCAAACAGGAAGCCGAAGCUGUCGCAAGGAUCAGUGACUGGUCCAGUCGGCCAGAAAACAUACCACCCACAGCAUUUAUUAUUAAACGGCCAAAGCGGAACAGAAAAUGCAACACUAACACAGACAAAGAUGACAAGGAGAUCGACAAAGACUUGCUGAAGUUACUGCUGCCUUCUCUGGUGUUGACACACAUCCUCAUGCUUGGAUUGGGGAUCUGUAUUGGACGGCGCCUCUCAGCCCAGUGCUCUGCUAUCUGAAUCGACUGAUAAAAGUGUGUGUCAGUGUCACUCUGUGAGAUCCUCUCUAGAAAAAGCCUCACAGCCUUUUUGUUUCCCUCCAAGAGAUGUAAGAGAACACUGUGAAAAUAUGAUGAGAGACAGAAACUCUCAGCAUUGUUUUUCUUUGGUUCUCCUUCGGGGACUUUGGUUCAGAAUUGAUAAAUAAUAAUCCCGUCCGUAAGGGUAUCGGAUUAGAUUAACCAGGAAAUAGGCCUGAUAGAUUUCAGAUUUUUAAAAUAUUGUUACUAUAAAAGCAUGAGGAUUACUACAUUUUUUAAACAUUUAAUGGCCAGGUCACAUUAUAGUCCCUUCAAGUGACUAAUGGAAAAUGUAAAUCUUUAUUUAACAGAAUAUUCAGAGUUGUAUAAAAACAUAUUCUGAUGUUUUUUUUUUCUAAUAUGACAUGCUAUAAAAAACAAUAAACUGUGCUGCCGAAAUAAUAA